AUGGGUUCCGGAGACCUUAACAUGAAAAAGAGCUGGCAUCCCCAGCGGUCAGCCAAUCUCGCAGCCACUCAAAAAGCCGAAGCCGAAGCGAUUGCGGAACGCAAGAAGCUCCAACAGCGACUCCAGGAGAUUGAAGAGGAGCGAAAAAAGGAGGAGAUUCAAAAGGCGCUCGAGGCGGCAGGCGGCAAGCGCAAAAUUGAUCGCGUUGAAUGGAUGUACUCUGGGCCGACUGGGCAGGCUGGGGAUGCCGCGGAAAACGAGGCCUACCUGCUGGGGAAGCGCCGCAUCGACAAACUGCUUCAGGAUAAUGAGGUGAAGAAGCUCUCGAAGCAGUCUGCGAUCGAGGAUGUUGCUGCGGCCCCAGCUAUCGCUAACCCUCGAGAUGUCGCCGCAAAGAUUAGGGAGGACCCACUGCUGGCGAUUAAGAGACAGGAACAAGAGGCAUAUGAAAAGAUGAUGAACGACCCAGUCAAGAGGAGGCAAAUUUUCGCGUCGAUGGGUAUCGAAGACCCCCAGUCAUCCAAGAGCAAGGAAGAGAGGAGGCACAAGCAUCGCUCCCACCAUCACCGAUCACACCGUCACCGUGACGACGACAGAGAUGGCGAGAGGCAUUCCCGACGGCACAGGUCAGAAUCCAGGGAUAGAUCCAGGAGUCCUCGACGACGUGACUCUCGCGAUGAUGAUCGACGAAGACGCAGAAGAGACUCACCCGAGCGCCGCGGUAAAGACAGAAGAGACAGCCGUGAUAGGAGAGACAGUCGCGACAGGCGGGAUAGCCGUGAUGGAAGGGAUAGCCGCGAUAGGAGAGACAACUAUGAAAGACGAGACAACCGCGGCAGACGAGAGAAUGACGAGAGACGGGACAGGCCUCGCCGGGAUUUUGAAGAUCGCAGUGGCAACCAGGACCACAGCGCGCAGGAGGAGGAGCGUGCGCGUAAGCUUGCCGCCAUGCAAGAGGCGGCUACCGACCUGGACAAAACCCGCCAAGAGAGGCUUGCUGCCAUCGAGGCUCGAGAGCGGGCAGAAAAGGAGGCAGAGGACUUGGCUCGUCAGCGCAACAAGAGAUACGGUGGUGAUGCUGGGUUUGCCAACAAACUUCACAGCAGAGCGGCCGAGAUGAAGAUUGCAGACCGGGCGGAGCGACGGUAA